AUGGCCUUCCAUGUCAGACUGCUCCUGGUUUUCAGCCUUCUAGGCUGUGUUGAGCUGAUCACAGUUAACGUGCCUCAGAGAAUCGUGAACGUCACUGUGGGUGGGUCGGUUAAUCUCCUCUGUACGUUUUCCACCAGCCAACCCACGACCAACCUUAACGUGCAGUGGACUCUCUACAAACAUUCCAACAUGCUAUCAGAACAGGUGUUUUACUACCAGUCUGGCAUUGAGGUGGUGGGGGGGCAGUUUUCGGGAAGGGUGAAAGUCCUGUCCUCCCCCAGCGACCUGAAGAACGCCUCCAUCUCCAUCAGUGACAUGCAGCCGUCAGACGCAGGGACCUACACCUGCGAAGUCCACAACGUCCCAGACAUCGAGGGAAACAACCAGGGCAACGUCAUCGUCAACGUGUUUGAAAAGCCGUCCGUGCCUUUCUGCGGAGUGCACGGUAACCUGGAGGCGGGAAACCUGGUCACUCUCAGCUGUCACUCUGAAAAAGGAAGUCCAGUUCCCACCUACACCUGGACCAAGGUCGACCAGGGAAAAAGUCGAAGCGUCAAAGGGACAGCAAAUGUCAAGACGGGGAUCAUGUACAUUAGGAACCUCACUCAGUUUGAGUUCGGAGAGUAUCGAUGCAACGCCUCCAACAUCAUAGGCUAUUCCACCUGUACUAUUGAGCUCAACCAUGAGCUCGAUGACGGGGCGCUGGCGGGCGCGGUGAUUGGCGCGUUGCUCGGGGCGUGUUUCAUCGUGCUGCUGGUCUGGUUCAUCGUCCACAAACUGAAGAAGCAGAGAUACAACGCGGCCAAGGCCAGUGCCGCCACAGAGAUGCAGAGCAGGCCUAAGAGCGGGGGUGAUGUGCAGUAUGGGGGGCUGCCCAAGGGGGAAAGUGCCAACUCACCGCUGUCAGAGCCCAUGGAGGAGGAGGCGUGA